AUGGGCAGAGAACGGAGAGAGAAGUUGAUCGCAGCGAUGGCAAGAACCAAGCAGACCGCUCGUAAAUCCACCGGUGGCAAAGCCCCGAGGAAGCAACUCGCUACUAAAGCCGCCCGGAAGAGCGCCCCAGCCACCGGCGGCGUCAAGAAGCCCCACCGUUACAGGCCCGGGACCGUGGCUCUCCGAGAGAUCCGCCGCUAUCAGAAGUCCACCGAGCUGCUGAUCCGCAAACUGCCUUUCCAGCGUCUGGUGCGAGAGAUCGCUCAGGAUUUCAAGACGGACCUGCGCUUCCAGAGCUCCGCUGUCAUGGCCCUGCAGGAGUCCAGCGAGGCUUAUCUGGUCGGUCUGUUCGAGGACACCAACCUGUGCGCCAUCCACGCCAAGAGAGUCACCAUCAUGCCCAAAGACAUCCAGCUGGCCCGCCGCAUCCGCGGAGAGCGCGCUUAAACCCGCCGCUGACAAACACCCCAAAGGCUCUUUUAAGAGCCACACACACCGCACUGAACGAGACCGUUUCCACUGUAAUGAUGCUUAUACCAAAAAGAACCGAUAGGAAGUAAUACUGCUUUCAUAGUUUCAUAUUUCCUGAGUUUUAUUAAUUCUAAUAUCUCAUUACUACAACAACGAUGAUCUGCAAGUCAAAGCAUCUGACAAAUACAUGAAUGUGUAAAUAUGAUCUUUUUAAUAUGUGACCUAACACUGAAAGUAGGGACACAAGUCGGUUCUGGGGGAUUUUGAGUUAUUCACAGAUUCUAAAAGUGUAAUCUCCAAGCUUUCCAACGAUGGAAAUCUGAUAAUAUUUGGAGAAGUUGUGGCCAUUUGAAGGUAGGCACUCAAAGAAUCUCAAAAUGGUGAAAAAUGGCCUCUAAACAUUGUGCAGUUCUCAUCUGCUGGGAUUGACAAUAGGGCUCAUUUACAUCUCAUUUAGAUAAGCCGUACCCCCUGUAAAGCUGCAUGCUUGCAUAGCAACGACACACACAAUGGGAAAAAUCCCACUGCAUACUACUAAUAAUAAAGGAGAAUGUGCA